UGUGUGGACAAAAGUCUCAAAGAAUUUCACUUUUCCGGAAGAGCAUGGAGGUUUUGUUGAGGAUGAAGAGCGCCGCCGUCCUCCUGCUGAUGUUUGGACUUCAUCACGUCCACUUCUCUGAUGCUCAGGAGUGCCCCUCCACCCACGACCUGCUGACCUCCCUGCGGCAGGUGGAGAAGAUGCUGGCGGUCCACGAGGCUUCGUACCAGCAGGGUCUUCGCUCGCUCCGGAGAAAAAUGAGCGCUCUGCACAACAGCACCAUGGCCAUCUUCAAGACCGGCGCAUCCUGCACCAAACCGGACCCCCCCGCUAACGGCCGCAGACUGGGCCGUGUGUUUGCCAUCGGACACGAGGUCCACUUCCUGUGCACACCCGGCUACGAGCUGAUUGGCCCGCGAACACGAGUGUGUCUGGAGUCUCUGAGGUGGAGCGGACAGCAGCCCAUGUGCAGACGUUUAAACGCCAGUGGAAACUCCCUGGCCUCCUUCUCUCCUGCUGCUCCUUCCUCCUUCCCUGUCUCUGCCGCUCUGUCCUCCUCUUCGUCUUCCUCUUACUCCCCCUCUUCCUCCUUAGUAUCUUUGCCUUCGCCGGCCUCCUCCUCCUCCUCACCCAUGUCCUCCCCCCCGUCCUCCGUCCGUCCCUCUCACUGCACUCACUUCCUGGGCUCCACCCGCUGCACCUGUGACGUGGGCUUCACCAUAUCAGGCCGAGACAACAACAUCUGCACAGACAUCGACGAGUGCCUCCUGUUCCCUCUGGCUCAGCCCGGCCGGCUGUGUGUCCAUCAGUGUGUGAACACACCCGGCAGUUUCCACUGCUUCUGCCCCGCCGGGUACGACCUGUCCAGAGACGCUCGCAGCUGCACAGACGUGGACGAGUGUGAGAACCGGAUGCACAACUGCUCAGCAGACCAGGUGUGUGUGAACACGUACGGAGGUUUCCAGUGUGUGACGGUGGAGUGUCCUCAAAUGAAAAACGCCACGUACAUCAAGACGUCUUCGAUGCGCUGUGAGAGGAACCCCUGCAUGUUCGGAGACAAGUCGUGCUCUCAGGCUCCCAACUCCAUCUCCUUCCACUUCCUGUCUGUGGUGUCCAACAUGUCCGCCCCCCGCGUCCUCUUCCGGGUAUCGGCGGCUCGAGUCCUGGGCGACACGCUGCGCUUUGGGCUGGCGGGCGACCGCGGGCGGGGUCAUUUCAGCGUUCAGCGCUCGGGCCGGCAGACGGGGACCCUCCUGCUGGUGACGCCCAUACAGGGUCCCGCCGCGUUGGAGGCCGAAGUGGAGAUGAGCGAGCUGGAGAGGAACAACCUGCUGGGCCGGUACCUCACCAAGGUCACCCUGUUCGUCUCUCCGUACACGUUUUAGUGGGAGCAUCCAUUAAUGUGGGGGUGGGGGGUUUAUGGUUCAUCAGGGUUGGUGCCAGAAGAAGGUUCUGUUAUGAAUGUGAGAGCAGGAAGCAGAACUUGACGGGGACGGGGGGCAGGGUGUCGAACCACUGAGUGUCUUUGGCCUCUUCGAAGGUUAUUUACUGCUUUUGUAAAACUAUGAUUCUGUAUAUAAUAUAAGGAUAAAUAAAAACAUUUAUAAAAAAGGAGCUUCAGUCCGUUCGAUGAUUUCAAAAAUCCAGAAUUAAAAAUACAUACAUUAAUUUAUCGGAAAAAAACAGAAAUUAUGUGAAAAUAAUGGAAUUUAUUAAAAAUGCUAAUGAAAAAUGUAUGAAAUCUCAAACAUAAGAUGAUCUCAUAGAACAGGAUGCAUUGCUGUAGAAUAACUGAGUCAACAGUAAGAGUUAAAACACCUGAAAUAAAUACAGAAACACCAAAAGUAACAUACACAUUUCUUUUACUGCACAUCCAUACUUUGAGUUUGAGCGCUUUAGGUCAAUUUCAGAAAGAAGGGUUGAAGUCUCAGAGCUGAGCCUUCUCAAAGAGAAUCAGAUCAACGUGUUGUUAAUCUGUGUCCUGGUUUGUUUAAGAUGUCUUAUCUCUGUGAGUAAAAGUAAUAAUAAUGUCUAAGAGUCUCCCACAGGACUACAUACGUGUUAAAAAUUGAACAUUUUUGCAGAUUUU